UCUUGCGGCCCAGCCUUCCCUAAGCUGAGGCCGUGCGGUUCUGCCGGCUGCGCUCCCCUGCCCUGGCCCGCAGCGCUCCCCUGCUUUGGCCCGCGGCGCUCCCCUGCUUUGGCCCGCGGCCUGCGGCCCUCCGACAUGGUGGACUACUACCAGGUGCUGGGCGUGCCCCGGCAGGCCUCGUCCGAGGCCAUCAGGAAGGCGUACCGCAAGCUGGCCCUCAAGUGGCACCCCGACAAAAACCCGGAGAACAAGGAGGAGGCGGAGAAGAGAUUCAAAGAGGUGGCCGAGGCCUACGAGGUGCUGUCGGACGCCAAGAAGCGGGACGUCUACGACCGUUAUGGCCAGGCCGGGGUGAGCGGAGGCGGCGGCGGCGCGCCCUUCCACGACCCCUUCGAGGACGUCUUCAGCUUCCGCGACCCGGCCGACGUCUUCAGGGAGUUCUUUGGUGGCCGCGACCCAUUUUCCUUUGACUUCUUCGGAGACGCGCUUGAGAACGUUUUCGGGGGUCGAAGGAGCUCCCGGGGAAGCAGAAGCAGAGGGUCAGCACCGCUUUUCUCCACCUUCAAUCAGUUUCCAGCUUUUGGAGGUGGUUUUUCCUCUUUUGAUCCAGGAUUUUCGUCCUUUGGCCCCCUGGGAAAUGGGGGCCUUUCUUCCUUCUCCAUGUCGUGUGGGAGUGGUGCGGCAGGCAGCUUCAAGUCCGUGUCGACUUCCACCGAGAUAGUUAACGGCAAAAAAGUCACCACCAAGAGAAUCAUUGAGAAUGGCCAAGAAAGGGUGGAAGUGGAAGAAGAUGGAGAGUUAAAGUCCCUGAUAAUAAACGGCAAAGAGCAGCUGCUCCACAUUGACACCAAGUAACACCACCUGUCUGACUGGAAACACAUUUGAGGAAUUGCAGGACCUAAUUUUAAGAUUGCAAGGGAACUCCACUUUCAGAACACCUGCACUCAAGAAUUCCUUGUUACUGUCAGAAUAGACCUCUGUUUGUCUU